ACCAAAGCAACAUCUACAGUCUGCAUGUUUUUUUUUUUAACAUGUCUACAGUCUGCAUGUUUAGUGUUUACAAAAGGGCAUGCAAGUCUCCAAGCAAAGAAAUAGGCAACAAUGAGAAAUCCAACCAUGAGAAAGCUAACCGAGUGGAUGAUCAUCUCCUUUGUCAUCGCUCUUUUCGGAGUCCUACCCCUGGUUUUAUCCCAUGCCGGUGUGGAUCCACCAACGGGAACCGCGUCUUAUUAUACUCCGACUCGUUUCUCACGAACUGCCUGUGAAGAGAAGAACGGUUCACCGAAGCUGCCCGACUCAAUCUAUCCUGUCGCAGUAAGUGACAGAUUAUGGGAUAGCGGAGCUGGGUGCGGGAGAAGAUUUAAUGUCUGGUGUAUUAGCGAGGGAUCACCUCAUUUCUGUAAGACUGGAGUAGUCAUAAAGGUGAGUAUUCAAGACAGGGCAAAAAAGAUGAAGAGCAAAGCUUCGGAUUAUGAUGUUGAUAUGAUUAUCAUCCAAUCAGGUUAUGCAAAAAUUGCAUUUCCAAAUGCAAAGUCUGUUCCGAUUCAGUACGAGAAGGUGCCAUAAUAGAUCUGAUUAUUAUUAUUGUUGAUUUGAUAAUCCUGAUCCUAUUGCAGUUUUACUGUCACCUAUUAUCUAGGAACCAGUUUGUUUAUUAGUUACUCUUUAGGACAGUGCAGGACGUGUCAAUCUGCAUGUUAGCCAUGUAGUCUUAUUUUUAGGAUUUAGUUGCGAUUUAUUUAGUUGUAUUGUUGAUGUUUUCUGCCUAUAUAAAGGCUGUUAUUAGUGAAAUAAAAUAUCAGUUCAUAU